CAUUGAUCUAAAAGGUAACUCGUGAAUGCUGGCAGAUGACUCAGAAUCAUUCAAAAGCAGGCUCUCAAUUUGUUUCCAUAAAAGAGUUCAGUCACUCUCCUAACUGUGCCUUGCUGCAUUCCCCGGUUAUUCCCCUCAAAACGUCCUAGGGUUUCUAACCCCCCUCCUCCAUUGAUUGCGGGCUCCGGCAAUGGCGUUCUGGUGGCCCCUGAUUGUUCUCGGCGUCGCCUACUUGGUCUGCCGCUUCCUUCUGAUGCUCAUCCCACCCAACGUCCCUUCAAUCGAGGUCGAUGCGUCCGAUGUAAUGGAAGAUGGGAGCCAGACCAUGGAGAACAGCUAUAUCUAUAUACCAAGGAAGGGGAAAAUGGCACAAGCAGACAUGGUUCGAUGCUAUGAGCCUGCCACCAUGAAGUACCUCGGAGUUUUUCCGGCUUUGACACCAGAUGAGAUUAGAGAGCAUGUUGCACAAGCUAGGGAAGCACAAAAAAUAUGGAAAAGUAGCAGCUUCCGUCAAAGACGCCAAUUCUUGAGAAUCCUUCUGAAGUAUAUAAUUGAGCACCAGGAACUUAUUUGCCAGAUUUCUUCUCGGGAUACUGGGAAGACUAUGGUCGAUGCUUCUUUAGGAGAAAUUAUGACAACAUGUGAAAAGAUUACUUGGCUUCUAGCUGAGGGCGAAAAGUGGUUAAAGCCUGAAUACAGAUCUUCUGGCCGCGCAAUGUUGCAUAAGAGAGCAAAAGUUGAAUUCUAUCCCCUUGGGGUCAUUGGUGCCAUUGUUUCUUGGAAUUACCCCUUCCACAAUGUGUUCAAUCCCAUGCUGGCAGCGGUAUUUUCUGGAAAUGCUGUUGUUAUAAAGGUUUCGGAGCAUGCAACUUGGUCUGGAUGCUUUUAUUUCCGAAUCAUUCAAGCUGCUCUUGCUGCUGUAGGAGCUCCAGAAAAUCUGGUUCACAUAGUUACAGGAUUUGCAGAAACUGGGCAAGCACUUGUCUCUUCAGUUGACAAAAUUAUCUUUGUUGGUUCACCUGGCGUGGGCAAGAUGAUAAUGCAGAAGGCUUCAGAGACCCUAAUACCAGUCACACUUGAACUUGGUGGAAAAGAUGCUUUCAUAGUGUGCGAAGAUGUAGAUUUGCCUUCUGUUGUGCAAAUUGCCAUGAGAGGUGCUCUACAAUCCGGUGGACAGAAUUGUGCUGGUGCAGAAAGGUUCUAUGUCCAUAAAGACAUCUAUCAAUCCUUUGUUACCCACAUAGUCAAACUUGUGAAAUCAGUUUCUGUUGGACCUCCAUUAGCUGGAAGGUAUGAUAUGGGUGCUAUUUGUAUGCAAGAACACUCGGAGAAGCUUCAAAAUCUCGUGAAUGAUGCAUUAGACAAAGGAGCUGAAAUUGUAGGAAGAGGAAGCUUUGGUCAUUUGGGGGAAGAUGCUGUUGAUCAGUUUUUCCCUCCAACUGUGAUAGUGAAUGUUAAUCACACAAUGAAAUUAAUGCAAGAGGAGGCUUUUGGGCCAAUCAUCCCAAUUAUGGAGUUUAGUUCAGAUGAAGAGGUUAUUAAACUUGCAAAUGAUUCAAAUUAUGGUCUUGGUUGUGCUGUUUUCUCCGGAAGCCAGAAACGUGCAAUUGCUAUAGCUUCUCAAUUACAUUGUGGUAUAGCAGCUAUCAAUGAUUUUGCUUCUACUUACAUGUGCCAGUCAUUGCCCUUUGGUGGCGUAAAGCACAGUGGAUUCGGGAGAUUUGCUGGUGUCGAAGGACUGCGGGCUUGCUGUCUGGUGAAGUCAGUAGUUGAGGAUCGAUGGUGGCCUUUUAUCAAAACAGUGAUACCGAAACCCAUCCAGUAUCCAGUUUCAGAGAAUGCCUUUGGGUUCCAGGAAUCUCUUGUGGAAGCUCUCUAUGGCCUUUACAUACGGGAUAGGCUCUGGUCUCUGGUUAAUGUAAUGAAGAUCAUUUCAGCACACAACUCCAAGUCUGAGAAUAUGAAGAAAAGGCAGUAACCAAUGUUAAUGUAAACUUCUUUUCAGUGCCCGUGACAAUCACAUACUGUAAACUGCCGCUGUAUCUACAUUGAUUAUGGCUUGUGCUUGCGUAGAUCAUUCUAUCCCCGUUACAGAGUUGAUAUCUAUUUCCUUAUAUAUA